AUGAUGAUGAUAAGCACCUGUAGCAUCGCUUUGCAACGGUUCCUUUUCACUCCGCCUCCUCAGAGCCUGAGAGAAGAGCUGAGAACACCACCACCAAUGGAGGUUCGGUGCAUGGCCGGAGCAGUAGUGCCUUUGAUGAAGCAAAGCCACAAGUUUAUCUCCUCCCUCUCUUCCCCUGCCUUGUCUGGAGAUCCCUCAGCUACAAACCGACACAUUAAGAAGUUCGUAGCUGCUUCCCCUAAAUCAGUGUCUCUCAAUGUCCUCUCUCAUCUCCUCUCCCCUCACACUUCACUUCCCCAUCUCUCCUUCUUUGCUCUCUCUUUGUAUUCAGAAAUUACUCAAGCUUCAUGGUUUGAUUGGAAUCCUAAGCUCAUUGCCGAUCUUGUUGCUCUGCUCAAUAAACAAGAAAGAUUCCAAGAUUCAGAAACUCUACUCUCCACUACCGUUUCAAAGCUCAAGUCAAACGAACGGGACUUUGCUCUCUUCCUCUGCAACUUGGCUGAAUCAAACUCUAAACAAGGGUCAGCACAAGGUUUCAACGAAGCCUGCCUUCGUUUGAGAGAGAUAACCCAAAGAACCUCAUCAGUUUAUGUCAAAACCCAAGCUUACAAGUCCAUGGUCUCUGGACUGUGCAACAUGGACCAACCUCAUGAUGCUGAAACUCUUAUCGAAGAUAUGAGAAUCGAAAAGUUAAAGCCGGGGGUGUUUGAAUAUAAGUCCGUUCUAUACGGUUACGGAAGAUUAGGAUUGUUCGAUGACAUGAACAGAAUAGUGCGUAGGAUGGAGACAGAAGGUCACAGAAUCGACACGGUUUGUUCGAAUAUGGUUUUGUCUUCUUACGGAGCUCACGAUGCUCUUCCCCAAAUGGGUUCUUGGCUACAGAAACUUAAGGACUUUAAUGUUUCUUUGUCCUUGAGGACGUAUAACACGGUCUUGAAUUCUUGUCCUACGGUCACAUCGCUGAUAAAAGACUUGGAUAGCUGUCCGCUUUCUGUUUCCGAGCUGCUUACUUUUCUGAACGAAGACGAGGUGACUCUGGUAAGAGAAUUGACUCGGUCAUCGGUUCUAGAUGAGGCUAUGGAGUGGAGUUCGUUAGAAGGCAAGUUGGAUUUACAUGGUAUGCACUUGAGCUCCUCGUAUUUGAUAAUGUUGGAGUGGAUGGAUGAGAUCAAGGUUAGGUUUAGUGAAGAGAAGUGUGUGGUUCCUGCAGAGAUUGUUGUUGUUUCUGGCUCAGGGAAGCACAGUAGCGUGAGAGGAGAGUCACCGGUUAAAGCAUUGGUUAAAAAGAUAAUGGUUCGUACCGGAAGCCCCAUGAGAAUCGACAGGAAGAACGUUGGUUGUUUUGUUGCUAAGGGAAAAACUGUAAAAGAAUGGCUUUGCCAGUGAAGUUAUUGUAACUGUUGAGUUUGAUCCUUGUGUUUACAAGUUUUAAUAGUAUUUUAAACAGUACAUAGAGCACAAAGAUGUGAUAGUGGAUAUGAUUUUUUUAAACAGUCAUUGUAACAAAUGAGUUUUAGUUUCAACAGUGAACUAUUUAGUUUCAACAGUGAACUAGAUCUCGAUUCGCGCAACCGUGCAGAGGUUUGUUUGUUUUCAGUUUAUAUAUAUAUAUAUUAUAUAUUGGUUAUU